ACUUCAUCAGCAAUCACUUUUGUCAGUACAUAAUGGAAAAGUCAACACCACUAAUCAAUUCGUCCUCAUUGCAAGGACAUAAAUCACAAACCGUGCAAGUGGUCGGUAAGAUUGAAAAGUCUACGGGAAAUGCAUGUAUGCUACGUACAUCCGAUCAAGGAAUGGUGGAAGUGAUCAUGACCGAUUCGCAGGUUAUUCCACAAGGUAAUUACGCAAUGAUCUUUGGGAAAGUGGAUGAUGAAGGUGAACGUAUUCGUGAAUAUCGUUCGAUCGAUUUAGGUGAUAAGCUAGACAUGAACCUUGUCGAACAAUGUGUUCAACUUCAACCACAUUUCCCUGAAUUGUUUGUCGGCUCAUAAUCAUCUUGGCUGACCAACCCACACGCGAUACCUAGCAAUGGAAAAGGUUUCGCAUUGUAUACUACAAGGAUGAUACACAAAAUAUAUGCAU